GCCAAAGGUCAGAGGUUGUGGAGCCGUCAUGGCGGCGCUGUGUCGAACCCGUGCCGUGUCUGCCGAGAGUCAUUUUCUGCGAGUAUUUCUGUUCUCUCGGCCCUGUCGAGGCGCAGGCACUGAAAGUGGCUCCGGAGGCGAGAGUUCUGACUCCACGGAGCCUAGAACGCGUCCAGGCGGCUUCGCGAGCGCUUUGGAGCGGCACUCGGAGCUGCAGCGGAAGGCGGAGCUCGGGCGGCUGAGAGGCUCUCCAAAAAAUGUGGAAUCCUUCGCGUCCAUGCUGAGACAUUCUCCUCUUACACAGAUGGGACCUGCCAAGGAUAAACUAGUCAUUGGACACAUCUUUCAUAUUGUGGAGAAUGAUCUCUAUAUCGAUUUUGGCGGCAAGUUUCAUUGUGUAUGUAAAAGACCAGAAGUGGAUGGAGAGAAAUACCAGAUAGGAACCAGAGUCCGGCUGCGGCUAUUAGAUCUUGAACUUACAUCUAGGUUCCUGGGAGCGACAACAGAUACAACAAUCCUAGAGGCUGAUGCAGUUCUUUUAGGACUGCAAGAGAGUAAAGACUCAAAACCAAAAGAGGAACAUGGUGAAAAAUAAGUGAAUUUCGUUUGGUGUGUUCACUCUUUUUUUGUUGAAUCCAGAUAUUCGUCAAGAAUGCAAUUAGACAAAUUAUGGAUAAAUGUUUGAAAGAAGACAUACUAAAUGAAAGCUGUAAUUAUAGCUCUUAGUUGUUAGAGUUUUCUUUAGCUGUAUCUCCCCUCCCCGUGUUUUUAUAUUCAUUCUUUCCUUUGGUUGGGUUAGUGUAAACUGUACUGAGAACUUCUUUCAAUAAAUACGUUUGAAGUGCUCUCUA